CAUCAGACCCGUACCGCUCCAUUUUUUGCAGCCGACAGUUAAAAGCAGAAGACUAAAUCAUCUCAAACAGGAGAAACGGGGAGAGACUCGGCUGACGUCACCGGCUCCCCGGUCAGCUGACCGCAGCGUGAAGCAGACCCGUCACGUGACCAGUGUCAGCUGACCGGAAAUGAGAGCAUGAAGAAAGAUGUUGACAAGCGUGUGCAUCAUUCAGGAAGGUGGUGGCUCUGCAGAGACCGUAGUCCUGAGGAUGCUGUCCAAAGACAGAGACAAGGAGCUUUUUGUGCACAAGGGAAAUCACAGGACUCACAUGCUUUGGAUGGGAGAAACAGUGAUCGCAGUAGAAGAUAGGCUCCUUCAGAGGAGAGGAACACCGCUGAGGAGCGGACUGAAGUCGUUUUUGGACUGAACCAGGCCUUCAGAGCCGUGCGGGUCGCGCUGGGAGAGACGGAACAGGACUACUCAAACAUGGAGAAUGAAGAAACAGAAAAAGAGGAAAUGCCAGAAGAUACUAAAGGAACAGUAGAAGAGACAACCCUGGAGACUGCUCAGGAGCUGCUGCAGGAGCUGCGCAGGGGGCUGCAGAUGGCUCUGACGGAGCUGAGCGAGCUGCGUCAGGCCGACCACAGCCUGGAGGAGAAGCUCCAGACCCAUCAGACCGACGUGGAUGAAAAGAUAAUGAGCCUCAAGAACUCGCUCAACACAUUCAAGGAGGAGCUAAACGUGGCGUUGUUCCACAUUAAAGACGUGUCCAGCAGACAGAAGGAGCUGCAGAAGAAGGUGGAGCUGCUGCAGUCAGAAAACAGCAAAGAUAUCAUCUCUCUUCCUCGCAGCCGAAAGAGCUCCAGGGCCGAAGUGCCGCCGGGGAACGAGAGCAUGUGCGCCUCCAGCCAGUCUGAGCUCAGUGUUUUCCAGGACCUGUUUCCCUCUCUGCCACACAGCGGGUCAACACAGAGGAGCACCACGUCCACGCAAACCUCCGCCUCGGACCAGGAGGCUCAGCCGCAGCAGAGAAGCUGCGCCUCCCAAUCCCCCGUGUGGGCGGAGAGGAGCAACGGCAGAGAGGAGACGGACAUCCCCGACAGUCAGACUGAAACCGAUAAGAGACAGAGAGCGGCCCUGGAGCUUCUGGAGUCGGAGAGAGUCUACGUGUCCCAUCUGUCUCUGCUACUAAAGGCCAACAUCUCCUUCAAUGGAUCAGAAGCUCUCAGCCCCAAGGACAAACGUCCGUUUCCCAGCUCUUUGAGGUUCCUGAUCCAGCAGCACCUCGAGCUCCUCCACACGCUGCAGGAACGCGUGCUCAAGUGUCAGUGGAAAGGCAUCAUGGGAGAUGUAUUCAUGAGACUCACCAGCAAAGAAAGUGAUUUCCUGGACUUCUACGUGUCGUACCUGAAGGAGCUCCCAGACUGCGUGUCGGCCGUCACCAUGCUUGCUUCCAGCUCCAUGAAGGCUGCUGCCUUUGUGGAGAGUGACAUCAUGGGUGAUGAGUCCAAGCCCUCCCUGCACACCCUGCUGCUGCAGCCGGUCCAGAGGAUCCCAGAGUACCUGCUGCUGCUGCAGGGACUCCUCCGGCAGACGGAUGCAGACCAUCCAGACUACUACCUGCUGCUGGUCUGCAUCCAGCAGUUCAGGUCCUUCACUGCUCAGUACCACCACCUCCUCCAGCACAACCAGGAGCUGCUGCUGCUCAACCGGAAGGAGGUGAAGAGCAGGUCCACCAUGAAACAGCUGUUAAAGACGGUGGAAAGCGGGAUUCAAACCAACAACAUUGGCUCGCCAUACCCCGGCAGCAAUGCAAUGCUGGAACAUGCCAACAUGGUGAGGCGCAGGAAGCAGUGUCUUCUGGAGCAGAUCCAGUCUCACCGUUUCCAGGACUGGGAUCGGGAUCAAGACCCCGACGGUCACUGUUACGACACCGAGUGGCCGUCCCAGUCGCAGUUCUUCAGCUCCGAUCUGGACUCCAGGAAUCAAAAGCAAAUAGGUCUCGGCAGCAUCCCGGAGACGGAGAUGUCGGACGGGUCCCUGCGAUGCCAGCACCACCUGCCCUCCAGGGCAGUGGAGUUCCGUCAGGGCCAGCCGGGCUCGGCUCUGGCCGACGCCCUGGUGGAGUUCCUGCUCCCCCCGGACCCCCCGGGGAUGGAGAGCCUCUACGACGAGGACGGAGGGUCCCUUCAUGACACGUCCCUGUUCGACCACUGCUCCUCUGCCUCUUCCGACUCGUCUAUUGACAUCGCCUUCGUCAAGUGCCCCAAGGCCCCCUCGGCAUCGCAUCAUGCAAUCGCAACAACGAUUCCCACAACCCGUGACGUGUUCGGUAACGGUGGAGGCCAAGGGAACGGCUACGGUAAACCGCCCAGCCGAGGCUGCGUGUCUCCAGAUGAAGCCGUAAUGACUCGCCGUAAUCUGCACCGGCCUCUCCAGGCCAGCCAGCGCAAGAGCAAGUCCCUGAACGGGCUGCAGAUGGAGACGGUGAGCGGUCUGGAUGGGGGGCCUCUGUCGGACCCCCUCCAAAGGGGAGGACUGGGCAGCCACGCCAAGCUGGAGCGCCAGGGCAGCAGGGGCAGCCGAGGAUGCUCCACCCCGUCACAUAAGGUCCACAGCCCCCUGGGGAACACUGACAAACAGAGCCCCGAUCUUCACGGCCUGCUCAGCAUCCAGGACUCUGGCAUGCAGUCGUGGGGGGAUGAACCAAAGUGGAGGGGCGGGAUGGAGGAGAACCACCACACCCCCCUGAGUGAGAGGAGCCGCAAGGACAAGGGCGGCUUCAGGAGCUCCUUCAAGAAGCUCUUCAAAAAGAAGACUGGUGAUGAGAAGAAGGAGAAAGGAGAUAAAAUGCCUGAAACUCAAAACAACGUGGAACACGAGACAGCGGGGAAAAACCCCAAACUGCUCCAUUCAGAGAUGACCCGUGGCACCGCAGUAUGAAUCCACGCCGCUGUAUAAAUGUUGUAUAAGCAUGUCCUUUACCUUUUGAUCUUUGCCUCUGAACAUUUCAAAUUGUAAAUAUGAUUUUUACUUGAAAGACAAAGUCCUGCCCCUGACCUCCACUGGGGGAAAGCACUUAAUUAUCCGUUAUUUUCACACAUUCUCAAUUACACUAACUUUAAUUUGCCUAAGAAAAUGGGGGCAACUGUGCAUUAGAUGUCCCAUAGUUGUAAAUAAUGUUAUUAUACAUAUUUAGUUUUCCCAACAAGUAAUACGUUGCUGCUCCUUCCUGCCUAGUGUUAAGGAGCUUAUACUGUUUUUGCACUCUAGCUAUGAAAUAAAAAAAUGGAGCACUUCUAUAAAGCUUUCUAUUAGUUUUUUUUAUUAGUAAACUUAAUUUCUUAAGCUUUAACCAAAACUAUAUUGUUGCAUAUACUCAGGAAAACAUAUAUUGAGCAAUUAUAAAAUACAUUUGUAUGUUUAAGCAUCUUAUUUAAAACUGUUUAACCUUUUUUUAUGCAAUGCACUUAGUUAUUGUGUUGAGGAAUAAGGUCAUUAAAAGGUUCACACAGUGCUUGUUCAGUGAAUCAGCUGGUUGAUUUUUUUUUUAUCCCCUCAUCUUAGAAAACCCCCUCAAAAAAGACUAUGUAAUACCGCUGUUGGCCACAUGGGGGCGUUUAUUUCUACUGACGGUGUUUUGUAAUCCCACUAGAGCUGCAGCACAUCCGGAACAAAGGGUUACAUUAAUACUUUGCUGUUACAGAAUGUUACAUUUUUACAUGCCAUUAACAUGUAUUCAUGCAAUUUGUGCUUUUCACACGGGGUGCAGAACAGCAAAAUACAUUAUUGAUUAUUCUUUUUUUUUUUUUUACUAAAAUGGUACAUUUACCCAUUUUAAACAUUUUAAAUGUUUUCUGUUCUUUUCUGGAAAGAGGUAAAAAAAAAAAAACAACAACACAGGUUUAUGAGAUCUUCAAAUCACUGCACCGGUAUUCUGUUUUUAUGAGAUUUUUUUCAGUCUCUAGUCCUUGGAUUACACAUCACCGCUAACAGCCCUCUAACUGCAUGCUGAAGACUAAUGUUAUUAUGGGCUAACAAGCCGACAAUAACUGGCUUCUUCAUUUUAUAGACCACACUGAAAACUACCCUUUUAAAGAGGUCACAUGCUGAAAAUGAUGAGAACUGCUGGUCCCAUGGACACAAAU